AUGAUUUAUCCUCUAAUAAACAAUGUUAGUACUAACAUUCCCCGUACACAUUUAACUCAUAUUAGAUUGUGUGCCAAUAAGUUAACAUCUUCUACUAAGCUAUACAAACAUCUUCAAGAUUUACUCCCACUUACCAACAAUGAACGUAUUCUUGUAAAUAAUACACUAGUUGGACUGCUAAAUGAUUCUAGUUGGACACGGAAAUUAUCCAAACGCAAUAUACCUCCUUUUUUAUUAAGGAACUCAGAUUUUAGGGCAAAUUUUUUGGAUUAUUUGGACAAGAAUGUGAAUAAGAAGAUAUUUAUAAGAAAUAAUAUAGAUUCGUUCAAGACUGUCUCAUCUAUGGAUUUAGACCAAUCUCUUCUUAUGAACGAUGAGGUGUCUAAUGAGUUUUUGCUCCAUUUGUCUGAUUUUGCAAGACUACACAUGCCUCAGCUACUCAUUACUUACAACAACAUGAAACAUCUGGCGGAUAUUCGCCAUCCUGAAUUAGAGUUUUCGGGAGAGAAACUUUCUUGUAGGCAUGUUAUAUUACAUGUCGGUCCUCCAAACAGUGGUAAGACACAUGAUGCUUAUCGUAGAUUGGAAUGUUCUUCAACUGGAAUUUAUUGUUCUCCCUUACGUUUACUUGCCUGGGAAAUACAAAACAAGCUGAAUAAAUCCAAUGUAUCAUGUGCUCUUCUCACGGGGCAAGAACGAGUAAUCAACGAUACAGAAACACACCUUUCUUGCACAGUUGAGAUGGCUCCUCUGAAUAACAUUUAUGAUUGUGCGAUUGUCGAUGAGAUGCAAAUGAUUGGAGAUCCAGUACGUGGAUAUGCAUGGACCAGAGCAUUUUUGGGUUUGAAGGCUAAAGAAGUCCAUGUAUGUGGAAAUGAAUCUUGUUUACCUUUAGCAAGGAAACUCGUUGAUAUAUCUGGAGAUACGUUGGAAAUUAAAAGGCACGCAAGACUGAGCAACUUGGUGAUAUUAGAUAAAGAAUUGUUAAUUGAAGAGUUAAAACCCGGUGAUUGCGUAGUGUGUUUCUCACGUUUUGAUGUUUUUUCCUUAAGAAACAAAAUAGAAUCCACCAAAUACAAUUGGGAUACUAUGGAUCACUCAAAAACUAGUAUAGUUUAUGGUUCACUUCCACCAGAGGUUAGAUGUGAUCAGAUACAAAAGUUUAAUGAGAGAAAGGCCAAAAUCCUAAUAUCAUCAGAUGCAAUUGGAAUGGGUGUAAAUGUAAGAAUAAGGCGUAUAAUCUUCCAUUCAUUGAAAAAAUAUGAUGGAAAUGAGAAAAGAACUCUAAACAUUUCUGAAGUUCAACAAAUUGCCGGCCGUGCAGGUCGAUAUUCUAUGAGUUGUGGGCACGGAGAAGUUGGUUGUUUACAGGAACGUGAUACAAUGUUAUUAAAGAAACUUAUGGUAUCACCUCAACCACCAAUUGAUAAAGCUAUAAUAGCACCUUCAACAUCAGUUAUUUCAGCUUUCAGUACAUCAGUAACAAACGUUGCUGGAAAUACGAACUUCUCUGAUUCGAUUAAAUUAUUAUUUUCAAUGGUUAAAACUGGUGAAAUAUUUGAGGUGUGUGAUUUUGCACCAUUGAAUAGAAUCGCAAGAGUACUCCGUGCUAUUGAAUUACCAAUAUCCACCCUUGUUGAAUACAUUUUUGUACCAUUGGGGACUGGAAUGCUCCCUAUUCUUGUAUUACGUACCUUUGCUAUCAGCCACUCUAUUUUAAAUUCAGUAAAACUAAACAACAUUUUUACUGAAGAGUCACUUUCUGAUGACAAAUUCUACUCUGUUGAACACAAUAAACACGCCGAAGAUGCCUAUACUCACUUCAAAACUUUAGAGCUUUUAUAUCAGACUCUGGAAAUAUAUUUGUGGCUUUCCAUAAAGUUUCCGAAAGUUUAUGUCGACAAAGAUGCGGCUGCCGUAAUUAAAACAAAAAUCGCAAAUGCCAUGUCAAAAUAUUUGGAUUUGUCUCUGGAUACAACAGGAAGCAUAAGAACUCCAGAAGACUAUGAACACGAACCAGAAUUAUGGAGAUACUUCAUAAAACAAGAGUUAUUGGAAAUCAACUGUGUACAAUAG